GAGCCGAGCCGCCAGCAACAAGCAUUCGAUUUUUUUUUUAUUUUUAGCCGUGAAACGAUGAAGGCCAUCAGUCCCGUCCGCUCGGUGAGGAGCUGCUACAAGGCCGUGUGCUGCAUCUCGGAGCAGAGCCUCGCCAUCAGCCGGACUAACAAGCACGCGUGCGUGGACGAGCCGGCGGGCGCCCUGUGCGACAUGAACGACUGCUACUCCCGGCUGAAGGAGCUGGUGCCCAGCAUCCCGCAGAACAAGUCCGUCAGCCAGGUGGAGAUCCUGCAGCACGUGAUCGACUACAUCUUCGACCUGCAGAUCGCGCUGGAGGCGGAGGACGCGCCGCAGAUGGUCCUGUCGAUAAAGACUGCGGAUAUUACUCGCAAUUUCUCCAAAGAAGAAGGCAGAUUGUGCCAUUAAAGCCGAGCACGAGAAAUCACGGUGCAGGGAAACACAUGUCUCCACUUCACUCCGGGCAAGAGGACAAGAGGGGCAGAAAGGGUGGGAUAGGUAUUUGGGAGAGAAGGAGAAGAAGAAGAAGAAGAAGAGGAGGAGGGAGGAGGAGGAGGAGGAGGUGGAGGACGACGUGGUGGAGGGGUUUAAAGAAAAGAACAAGAAGAAGUGGACUGUUUCCUAUGAGUGGGGAUCAACAGUAGUGCAUGAGCAAGAAAACAGAGACUCAUUCUUUGGCUCCUGGACAGACGAAUCAACACACCAAAGCAGAAGCCAGAAUUGGAAACUGAAAGCGAGCAGCUUUGUAUGCCUUCCUCUCAAACUUGGGGUUCCUGAUCUAGAUAGAAGUAGAAAUGUUGGUACAUUUUCCUUUUUAUUUCCUUUGUUUUUUUUAAUAUACUGCAUUCCAAACCAAUUUUUUCGACUGAUCUCCACAUCCAACCUGACCUACACAUUGUCUUAUAUCACCACCUCACAUAAGUGUCCCCAAAAUGUGUUUUCCCAUGAUCUACAGACUGUUAAACCUCUUUUAAGAAUGUGUACAUAUCUGCUGUGGGUAUGUAAGGCGCGAGUCACUCGGGAUGUUGGUAUUUUUUUUCUUUGAAUGGGAGUGUGAGUCUUCUUAGGUAUAAUCAGAACUCUAUACUAGAGUUGAUUGUAAAUGUUUGUAGGGAUUGUGACAUUUCUACAGACACUGUGCUGUGAGUUUCAUAAACUCUUUAUUAUGUUUUUUUUUUUUUUUUGCUUUGUAUGUAUGUUCUUACGUAAUGAAAAUAAAACGGGAAGUGAAUAAGCUCU